CAACUCUUUACUUCAUUUACUCACUUGUUUGAAACCAGAACUGCACAAAUCAUAUAAUCUUCUGCAAAACGAAUCAACCUGAAAAUCACCAAUUAGCCUGAAAUGGAGCCAAAAUCAGAGAAGGAGCAUAUCUUCCGUUCUAAACUUCCAGAUAUUUACAUACCAAAUCAUCUCCCAACGCACAUUUAUUGCUUCCAGAACCUGCCGAACCACCGCUCGCGGCCAGCUUUAAUCGACGGCGCCACCGGUAAUGUCUUCACCCACGCCGAAGUUGAGCUCACCGCCCGCAGAGCCGCCGUCGGAUUUCGCAAACUAGGUAUCCGGAAAAACGACGUCGUUAUGCUCCUGCUCCACAACUCGCCGGACUUCGCCUUCGCGUUCCUCGCCGCCUUCUUCGCUGGCGCAGUCGCCACCACCGCGAAUCCGCUCUACACGGCGGCGGAAAUCACGGCGCAGGCGAGGGUAUCGAAGCCGAAACUCAUCGUCACCCACGCCUGCUACGUCGAGAAGGUGAAGCGCUUCGCCGUGGAGGAGGAGGAACGCGGCGGCGGCGCGGUGGUAAUAAUAGCCACGAUCGACCCCCCGCCGUCGCCGGAGAUCGUCCGCUUCGCGGAUCUGAAAAAUUCCGACGAGAGACUGCUGCCGGAGGUCGAAAUCGACGCGGACGACACGGCGGCGCUGCCGUUCUCCUCCGGCACAACCGGUCUCCCCAAGGGGGUGAUGCUGAGCCACAAAAACAUAGUCACGUGCAUCUCACAGAAAGUCGACGGCGAAAACCCCGCCUACCACAUCGAUUCUCGAGAUCUGAUGCUGUGCUUGUUGCCGUUGUUCCACGUUUACUGUUUGGUGUCGGUGCUGCUCACCAGCCUGCGUGUAGGUGCGGCAAUUCUGAUUGUGCCGAAAUUCGAAAUCAAUCAAUUAAUGGAGCUGAUACAGAAACACAGGGUCACAAUCGCCCCCCUUGUGCCGCCGAUACUGCUCGCCAUCUCGAAGAGUCCGGCGGCGGCGGUUAGGUUUGACCUCUCGUCGGUGAGGAGAGUAACUUGUGGUGCGGCGCCGAUGGAUAGUCAACUUGAAUGUUCGGUCAAAGCCAAGCUCCCUAAUGCAACGAUUGGCCAGGGUUAUGGUAUGACAGAAGCUGGAGUACUAUCAAUGUGUUUAGGAUUUGCCAAAAAACCAUUCAAAUUCAAACCAGGUUCAUGCGGAAACGUCAUUCGAAACUCCGAGAUGAAAAUUGUCAACCCUUUGACCGGCGCAUCUCUUCCGCGGAAUCAGACUGGAGAGAUUUGCAUCAGAGGAGACUCUGUUAUGAAAGGUUAUUAUAAUGAUCCGGAGGCGACCAAGAGGACAAUAGACAAGGACGGGUGGCUGCACACGGGCGAUAUCGGUUACGUGGACAGUGAUGAUGAGGUGUUCAUUUUGGAUAGGUUGAAGGAAUUGAUUAAGUACAAAGGUCUCCAAAUCGCUCCUGCUGAACUUGAAGCUUUGCUAAUAGCCCAUCCAUCUGUUUCCGAGGCUGCUGUUGUGCCUAUGAAAGAUGAAGUAGCAGGAGAAGUUCCAGUUGCAUUUGUAGUGCGAGUAAACGGUUCAAAUAUCUCCGAGCAAGAAAUCAAGCAAUAUAUCUCCGAGCAGGUGGUGUCGUACAAGCGGAUUAAUCGAGUGUUUUUCACGAAUGAAAUUCCCAAAGCUCCAUCUGGUAAAAUUUUGAGGAAAAUUCUGCGAGCAAAGAUAUAAUAAUCUCCAGUAUAUUUCAAUCUAAUCAUGCACAAAAGUACGUAAUAGUACGAUAGUUGCAACACCAACAUAUUAUAGGUCCGACGCCCUAAGUUGGCUAAUGCAAAUGCAUCUUCUACGAUAUUGCCCUCCCGAUGAAUGUGAGUGAUUGGUAACUCAAACGUGUAAACCAUAUAUUUCAUAUAGACGUGAAAUAACUCCGAAUACUUCAUUGGCCAAAUCUCGAAGCCAUGAAUUUGUACAUUCGGAAAAAGAUUCAUGAUUAUGUUUAUUUAUUGUUUACACAUCGAUAAGAUUGGAUUUUGCGUUGGGCACUUACCUAAGCC